GACUCUGUCCACCAUGAGUGACGACAGGAAAAGACAGGGUGCCGAUGGAGGCUGCGGGGCCAAAGAGCCGCCCAACGUCAAACCCAAACCUGACAGCAAAGGCAGCAUCGAGAAGGAGAAAAAGGAGAAAUCCACUAAGGUGCGUAGGUCCAUGAGCACUGACUCCGAGAAAGGAGGGGGAUCUGGGAGAAGGAGGGAGAGAAAGAGAGACAAAGGGUCGAGGAGGGAGCGUGGUAGAAGCGAGGAGAACAGGAGGCAAGACAGGGAUGGAGAUGACAGCAACCGGAAGGAGUCUGACCCCCACGAAAAUGACAUGGAGGACACUGAGUGCGUGGUUUGCUUCUGCGAAUACGACAACGUCUUUAAAACCCCCAAGCUGCUCUCCUGCGGGCACACCUUCUGUCUGGAGUGCCUGGCCCGGAUCAACGUGACCUCCUUAGAGCUCAAGUCUCUUUCCUGCCCUGUGUGUCGAGAGCUCACCAACCUGCCCCAUGGCCGCAACCUGCCCCAGCUGGGCAACAACCAGGACAUCUUCCGCAAACUCCCUCCAGAGAUGCAGAGGGCGCUGUCCGUGCGCUUCAAGCGCAGCAAGGGCAAGCUGGUCCUCAAGAAGCCCCCUCCUGGUACUACUAGCCUGGCCAAGUCCAGCCUCACCCUGCCCACUCUCAAGAACCAGGACCGGCAGGCCUCCAGCGACCUCCAGCUGGGCACAAUGGACCAGGGCCUUGCCACUGUCGUGGAUGUGGGUCGUCCCCCUAGCAGGGUCAGAGGUCGCCUGUGCAGGAUGUUCCGCUCAGACCAGUGCUACUACAUCGUGAUGGCGUCCAUCAUCACCAUCACCGUGGCGCUGAUGCUGAUGGGCAUCCUGGCCUUUAUGGUCAUGCCCAAUGUGGUCCUCCACAACGGCAGCAAACCGCAGCACGGGAAUUCCAGCCAACCACAGGCUGGUUAACCAGGGAGUCAAAUACCCUGAGGAAAAGAGGGGAUGGUGGUGGGAUGAAUGGAAGUAAGACCAGAGGAGAGAAUCACCCCGAUGUUUUGAGAGGACAAAGAUUGUCAGUGAUCCUAGUAUCUGCCAUUUCAUUUUCUUUACUAAUACUCAGUUACGAAGAAAAUGUGAAUGAACUGAAAAGAAAGGUGACCCUGAAAGCACUAGAGCACACUCAACUGGUGUCAAUACAUAACAAGGACCAUGUUGUUUAUGAAGGACUGAUGCACAAGAACUACUAAUGGGAAAAGUGUAUCAAGAGUUAUUUUUUAUCCACAAUUUUGUCUUCCUUCCUGCAGUAUACACAUCAUGAACAUGGAACAUUUACCCAAAUGUGAACAGGACAGCUAUUGCAGUGAAGUGAGAGUGGACAAUUGAUGUUGUAUGGGGAAAUGUAAUUCAUUAAAAAGUUGUGUAUUAUGUAAUUGCACUGAAGUCUGCCAUGGAGAAUUAUUACAAAUUAGAGAUUAUUUGA